AUGCUGCUCUCAGACGACGUCGGAGACGCAGGUGACAGUACCAAUACGGUACUGGGAACGGUGGCACGCAAACUACCAGAUACUGGCUCCGAUGGCACAGUCAGGGGCACAAGUGGCUUACUAGAGUCCAACUCUUGCACACACUGGAGGCCUGCAGAAGAGCUCGCGACAAGUGGCUUAUCAGAGUCCAAUGCUUUCACUACACUCGAUUCUAUAGAUGGAACUUCACCAUACGAGGAGCCUGAAGAAGUACACAAGACAAGUGACUCAUUAGAGUUUAACACUUGCACUACACUUGAUUCUUCAGACGGCACAGCAAAACUCGAAACCUGGGGCUCUGGAGACGCCAUGGUGGUAGUCAAACGUUACUAA